AUAUAAAUACAGAUCAAACGAUACUCGACUUCAAUCUAAUUCAACAGAUCGUGAACACUGGUUGUGCAUAUUGCUAUCAUCCAUCAUGAUUUUGGAAUUGUUAACCUGGGCAGGAUACCUGUUUGUUACCCUUUUGGUGGGGGUGGUCACAACAGCGAUUAUUUAUACUCGGUGGAAUUAUGGAGUUUUGGAGAGCACAAAAGGCCUUCCAGCAGUGAUACAGCCAUAUUUUGUGGGAGGAAGUGAUCCCUUCUUUUACAAAAGUAUUUGUUGUGAGGAUGACAUGAGACGUGCCAAGAUGUACGGUCCUAUUUAUGGGAUGUACGAAGGCAGGGCUCCACAUAUCUACAUCACCGACCCAGAACUUAUUCGAUUGAUUUUCAUAAAAGACUUUGACCAUUUCCAAAACAAGCGAAUUUUUGAAACUGGACACGAAUUAAUCAACGAUAUGAUGGACAUUCUGCCAUAUGAUAAAUGGAAGGUCGUUCGAAACUAUUUUUCCCCUCAACUCACAACUGGAAAGAUUAAGAGUAUGAGUUAUCAAAUGCAUGAGACAAUUGAUGAUUGGAUGAAGAAGAUGAUUAAGAAGGCGGAUGGCACGCGUUAUACGGCUGACCUCAGAACCGAUUUCACGGCGCUGACUGUCGAUGUGAUAGCGCGAUGUGCUUUUGGGACAAAGAUCAACGUUUUAGAUGACCCAAACGAUCCUUUUUUCAACUAUGUGAGAAAAAUGUCAUUUGAUGAUGUAGAGCCCAACUGGAUGUUUAGUGCGAUCCAAAUGUUCCCAUUUUUGGCAACCCUUCAGCCAUUUUUCCCCAAAGAAGUUAUGGACUUUUUUGGCGAUUUAUUGAAAAACAUCCUCUCCACCCGAAGACAAAGCAAACAGCGUGCAAACGACUUUGUCGACGUGAUGAAUGACAUGAUUGAUAAGUGCAAAACCGAUCCAGAGUACAAACGGUUGGGCAUAGACGAAAAUACUGCGAUGUGCCAGGCCAUGAUAUUUUUGCUAGCCGGCUUCCAAACCACUGCAGAAACUUUGACCUUAAUGGCGUUCAGACUCUCGCAGCACCCAGAAAUUCAGGACAGGCUUAUUCAAGAAGUUGAUGAUUUUUAUAAGCGACACAACGGUAAAAUAGAGCAUGACCACCUCAGUGAAUUGGUCUAUUUGACCGCCUGCAUGAACGAGACGCUCAGAAUGAACCCGGCAUUGAUCCGAAUUGAACGCGUCUGUCAGAAGGAUUGGACACAUGCACCAAGCGGUUUGACUGUGAAGAAGGAUACUGCAAUUCAAGUGUCUGCCUUUGCUGUACAUUUCGACGAGAAAAACUUUCCCGAACCGUACGAAUGGAAACCGGAGCGAUUUCUUCCAGAAAACAAGGAAAGCAUGAACCAAUACGCGUUCCUUUCUUUCGGCCAAGGUCCCCACAACUGCAUCGGGAUGAGGUUUGCCAAGGAAGAAAUUCAAAUGACGAUGGCAUCCAUAUUGAAGAGUUUCCGAUUUGAGGACACGGAAGGAGCAAAAUUGAAGAUGAAACCUGGCCGUGUAUUUUUAAAUAAUUAUGAGCCCUUCAACUUGUGCAUGGUUCCACGAAAGUAAAUAUUUAGUAUAUGUAACUUGUUAAUAAAUUUUUAAUUCUAUAAAAAAAUGAA